AUGAAGCAGGAAGACAAGAUGCACGACACACAGCUUGAUGUUUCUAUCGCUGCAAAACAAGAAAAAGAAACAUCCAGAGAAAUAGAAGGUCUGGAGGAACCAAGGGAAAACGGAUCAAAGAGGACAGAAAGAGGCCUCAAAGUAGAAAUAUCAAUUCCUGAAAUCAAAAUGGAGUGCUUGUCCCUCCACUCCAAUUCAGACCUAGAUUACAAGAAAAAUGAAGAUGAACCGACUGUGGCAUCCAGGGACUUCAAGACAGUAGAAAAAGAACCACAAAGUAGUCCCAAGCUAGCAGGCAUGCCCAGCAUUCGUGACCUUGAUAAAGGAAAUGGUAAGAUAUUCGCCUUGAUAGAAUCAGGGAAUCACACUGGAGUGGAGAAGUUUCUCGCAGAAAGGGGUCACAAAGUGAAUAUCACACCAAAGAUAGGAUGUUCUCCCAUACACUACUCAAAGUUGAAUCUCGCCAACUGUGAGAAUGAAAAAGGAGAUAGCCCACUAAUCAUGGCAGCUAAAAUUGACUGCACCAUGCUGGAUAUCAUCCUAAGUUAUGGAGGUAAUCCAAAUUAUACCAAUGUAGACAGAGACAGCCCAUUAACCAUAGCAGCCAAUCGUUAUGACAAGGAAACAAUAAGUGCUCUACUGUUAGCAGGUGGUAACCUCGAGGCUGCGGUUGUAAAGUUAACUUCGUCUCUAAGGUACGUAUCAGAAAAAGAGGUCCAGGAUAACAGUGAAAGCGGCUUUAGUGUUAGGCCAUUGACAAUCUUGUUGUCUGAUAACGUAUACUUGAAGUGCAGGGACCCGAUUAAAACAGCAUUAUGUGUCGAUAAGAGCAUCAAGAAGAUUAAGAACGUCCGUGAUGAGUUUACAGUUGAGUUUGAAAUGUUGAUGCAGGAAGCAGAUGUUUUUGCGUACAAGUUCCUGGACCACUGUGAUAAGAUGGCUGAGGCAAAGGAAAUCCUAUCUCACCCAGUAAACUUAUUGAGAAUAGCCAUAGAUCAGGAGAAAAAACAGUUUGUGUCUCACCCAUUUAGUCAACAGCUCAUCAACGAGCGUUGGAAUGGAGAUUUAACCAACACCCUCAUUCAUGGAAAGACAGUGAUAUAUCUGAAAUAUAUCACAAGCCCGAUAGUACUGCCAUUGCUCUUUCUUAAGUUUCUCCUGUUUGAAAUCCACAAGGGUAUCCCAAUCAUGAAGUGCUCUUUCGCGGCCCUUCUGAGACUAACAUUUACUCCUUACUUAUGCUUUCUCACGGACACAAUAAACUACUUGGCCUUUCUGGCAAUAGUGGUGUGUGUUUGUGUGAUUCAGACCGAUUACCAAGUUGGACCGAUGGAGACUGCCCUGUACAGCUGUGUCUUGUCCCGUAUCUUCAUUGAAGUAGAUUUCCUGGUGCAGCAAGGGGCGAGAAGGUACUUCCGCGACUUUUGGAAUAUGGUGGAUAUCAUGGUCAUUCUUUUGCUGUCUGUUGCCUCAUUCUAUGAAGUAAUGAUCCACUUCAGAGUGGAGCAUAUUAACCGAAAGUACAGUAAGGAAAUGGAGACAGAGCAGCCAUUUGAUUACAAAAAACUGGAAGAAAACGUGAUGAAGGCACAUCAGGAUGCAAUGAGAGUCAACUAUAUUCAUUCGGUCACAGAAUUUAUCCUGACAAUACGCAUUCUUGGUCUGUUAGAAAUCUCUAAAUCACUUGGCACAAUGCUGAUAGCCCUGAAAUACCUGAUAAUAGAUGUUCUGAAAUUUGGAAUUCUUUUGCUGACAAUCGUCUUCGGAACAGCCAUAGCAAUUUACUCCAUGACAAUAACCAUCAAUGAAUGGAACGUCGAACUGGAAAGAUCGUCAGAAUUAUUCGCUGAUAACUACACUUUCACCCUGCUACCGUACAACAGGAGCCACCCUGAGGGUAUAGUAAAGCCCCCAGGCGUAUUCAAGACUUUUCCUGAUACCAUGAGGAAUCUUUUGUGGUCUACAUUCGGCCUGCUUAAUGUUGAGGAGCUGUCCUGUAAACACGAGAACUCAACAACAGACUUUAUCAACGUGGUUCUCCUCCUUUACAUCAUCCUAUCCUGUGUGUUGCUCCUUAACAUGCUGAUUGGUAUUCUGGGAAGCACUUUUGAUAGGAUCAAGGAUAAUUGUGAUGUUGAGUGGAAAUAUGCUCGGAGCCAAUUACUCAAGGAAUACAGUAGAGCCCAACCUCUUCUUUUUCCUUUCUUUACCCUCUGCUUCCCAUUCAUCAUCUGGUUCCGUAAACAGUUGAGAGAAGAAAGAAGGAGAGUUGUGGAGAAGGAAACUGGUUUAACGGAACAAACUGAACGUGAUAAGCUCAUCAGUACCGUCUGUCACAGGUUUACAUUCGAGAUUGAAGGCUCUAGGCAAAUCUCAGCUGAUACUGAUAAAUGUACAACAUUCGAAGAAAGAGUACCAAAACAAAGGUCUGUGCUGAGAAAAGUUGCUGCCAGAAUGAAGAAAUAA